AUGGAUAUCAACGGUCGCGGCCCUCCUCGACCGCAUACCUCCAAUUCGUCCCGACGACCUGAUCCGCGGGAUCCCCGUGGCCCGCCUCGUGGAUACCCUCCUGGUCGCGGUCGACCACCUCCUGGUUAUGGACCCCCACGAUCUGGUCGCCCUGGACCUAACGGCAUGCCUCCACCAAGUCGUAGCAAUACAGUGCCAGUUAAUGACCUCUACGGUGCACCAGGUGGUGAUUAUGACUACCCAGGAGGCCCAAUGAUGGGCGAUAUGCCACCCCGUCCUAGCACUGCUGGUGGCGCACGCCCUCCUCGUCCACCAGCCGAGCAUGACUCCGGGCUGAUGAUGCCUCCCCCUGAUCCCACGCAUCGGGUAUCUUACGCACCGAAAGAGUUCUUGGAUAGCUACUUCCAUGGAGGUGACGAGCCUGAGAUGCCGAACUUCGAUGCCAUCCCAGAGGGCGGUCCUAUGGACGAGAUGGGUUUGGAUACACCUCCGGCCAUUCACACGCCCACUUCUCCACCAUCGCCUUCUGGUCCAUAUACAGCAUAUGAUCCUGGAACUCCGCGAUCCCAGAGUAGCUCGAAGCUGCGGGAAGGCGCUAACCAAUUCGAGAAUGCCGGUUUCCAAUUUGAUCUUCCCGGUGGUUCUCCAGGCGCUCACCCUCAAAACGAACCUGGAUCUGCUGUUCAGGGUGCGUACGCACCUAUGGGCUACGAGGAGCCAGGCAGCUAUUUCCCCAAUGGGGCGAACAACCCCUACACACAGCCACCGCCGCCUAAUGCGCCUGCACCUAAUGCGGAGGAGAACCCGGAUGCCCUGCCCCAACACCCUACGCCAUACCGCCCAGGUAUGCCAGCCGCAAAACCUGCCCCGGUUCGGAACUACAAUCCUGCUGCUCCAACUGCCCCGCCGAGCGGUCCUCAACCCAUGCCUCCGGAUGGAAUUCCGGCGAGCCGUGUUCCAGUGACCCACGAUGAACUCCAAAUGCUGCAGCAAAAGGCCAAAGGCAACCCUGGAGACCAAGCGCUUCAGCUUCUGCUGGCGAAGAAACUCGCCGAAGCGGCUACAGUUUUGGUGAGUGAGAACACCCGCCUCGACCCGAAGACCAAGGCCAAGGCGAAGGAAAAGUAUAUCAUGGAUUGCCAUAAGAUUGUGAAGAAGUUAGUUUCUGCGGGUUAUCCCGAUGCCCAAUUCUUCCUGGCAGACUGCUACGGCGAGGGCAUGCUGGGAUUAGAAGUAGAUGCCAAAGAGGCAUUCUCGCUCUACCACUCUGCAGCGAAGCAAGGCCAUCCGCAGUCUGCUUAUCGCGUUGCAGUUUGCUGCGAAAUCGGUCAUGAAGAAGGCGGUGGCACCAAGCGUGACCCUCUUAAGGCGCUUGAAUGGUACAAGCGGGCUGCUUCUCUCGGUGAUACGCCGGCCAUGUACAAGAUGGGAAUGAUCAAUUUGAAGGGUCUCUUGGGCCAGCCAAAGAAUCCUCGCGAAGGUGUUAACUGGCUCAAGCGUGCCGCAGAACGCGCGGACGAAGAGAACCCGCACGCUCUACAUGAACUGGCUCUGAUGUACGAAACUGGCCAGCCCACUGAUGUCAUUGCACGCGACGAGGCGUACGCCUCGCAGCUCUUUCACCAGUCUGCAGAGCUGGGCUACAAGUUCUCCCAGUUCCGUCUUGGUACUGCCUACGAAUACGGCCUUAUGGGAUGUCCCGUUGAUAACCGUAUGAGUAUUAUCUGGUACACCCGUGCUGCAGCACAGGGUGAGCACCAGAGUGAACUUGCCCUCAGUGGCUGGUAUCUUACUGGGUCAGAUGGUGUUCUGCAGCAGAAUGACACCGAAGCCUAUCUUUGGGCUCGUAAGGCUGCUACGGCUGGUCUGGCUAAAGCGGAGUACGCCAUGGGCUACUUCACUGAAGUUGGAAUUGGCAUUGCAGCCAAUAUGGAUGAUGCAAAGCGAUGGUACUGGCGAGCAGCGGCCCAAGGGAAUCCCAAAGCCCGUGAACGCCUGGAGGAGCUCAAAAAGGGUGGCGGCCGAAUGCAAAAGUCCAAGAUGGACCGCAAGAACUUCAACGGCAAGCAAGCCGAUGGCGAGUGUCUGCUUAUGUAG